ACUAAGGUCUUGGCGCGCUCACGGACGCCGACUCUCACCACGCCGACGCGAUCCCCAAUUUCGGUUCCCCUUCGCUCCCAGAGCAACAGAUAUUUAUCCACGUGUUCGUCCCGAUAUGCUCCCCUAAACAUCGGCGCGCAAAAUGGAGCUAUUUCUCGCGAUUUAUUUGAUCGGUGCCGCGUCGUCGGUGUUCGGGUACUCUUGGCCUAGCGAGGAAACCACCACCAGAUCCCACAAAGAUAUCCAUAGCGACCCUUUGGUGGUCGAAACGACCAGCGGAAUGGUACGAGGUUACUCCAAAACCGUCUUAGGUCGAGAGGUUCACGUUUUUACAGGAAUUCCAUUUGCCAAACCGCCCAUAGAGCAGCUUAGAUUUCGUAGACCCGUUCCAGUUGAUCCGUGGCACGGUGUAUUGAACGCCACCAAGUUACCUGACUCUUGUUUCCAGGAACGAUACGAAUACUUUCCUGGAUUUGAAGGUGAAGAAAUGUGGAACCCUAACACAAACAUAUCAGAAGAUUGCCUCUACCUCAAUAUCUGGGUUCCACAACGCUUACGCAUCAGACAUCAUUCAGACAAACCUCCUAUUGAGCGACCAAAAGUACCGGUUUUAAUUUGGAUAUACGGCGGAGGCUACAUGAGUGGCACCGCAACUUUAGACAUCUAUGACGCCGACAUAAUAGCUUCAACAAGCGACGUAAUCGUGGCUUCCAUGCAAUAUCGCGUAGGAUCAUUUGGUUUCCUUUACCUAAACAAAUAUUUCGCCAAAGGCAGUGAAGAAGCACCAGGAAACAUGGGUUUAUGGGAUCAAGCCCUGGCAAUACGUUGGAUCAAAGAAAAUGCCGCAGCUUUUGGAGGUGAUCCAGAACUUAUAACAUUAUUCGGCGAAUCAGCAGGCGGAGGUUCAGUAAGCAUUCACCUACUAAGCCCCAUAACCAAAGGUUUAGCAAAAAGAGGUAUCUUGCAAUCGGGAACAAUGAACGCGCCAUGGAGUUAUAUGUCUGGAGAAAGGGCAGAACAAAUUGGAAGAGUCUUGGUAACUGACUGUGGAUGUAACGUAUCCUUACUAGAAACAAAUCCACAUGAGGUUUUGGAUUGUAUGAGAGCUGUUGAUGCGAAAACGAUCUCUCUUCAACAAUGGAAUUCGUAUUCGGGUAUAUUGGGUUUUCCAUCGACUCCUACCAUUGACGGGGUAUUUCUACCUAAACAUCCUAUGGAUAUGUUAGCUGAAGGUGACUAUGAAGAUAUGGAAGUUUUAUUGGGAAGCAAUCAAGAUGAGGGUACUUAUUUUCUUCUCUACGACUUCAUCGACUUCUUCGAAAAAGAUGGUCCAAGUUUUCUACAAAGAGACAAGUACCACGAUAUCAUUGACACGAUAUUCAAGAACUUUAGUCAGCUUGAACGUGAUGCCAUAGUAUUUCAGUAUACAAACUGGGAACAUGUAAAUGAUGGUUAUCUCAAUCAAAAAAUGGUCGGAAAUGUCGUCGGUGAUUACUUCUUCAUUUGUCCAAUGAACGACUUUGCAGAAUUGGCAGCCGAAAGAGGAAUGAAAGUUUACUACUAUUAUUUCACGCACGAAACCCGUUACCGACGAUGUCAACUGGCCGCUGUACACAAAAGAACAACCUCAAUAUUUUAUAUUCAAUGCUGACAAAAAUGGAAUAGGUCGAGGGCCGCGUGCACAAGCAUGUGCUUUCUGGAACAACUUCCUGCCAAAAUUACGAGAAAAUUCAGUACAUGAAAUCCAUCAUAUCAGAGAAUGA